CUUGGAGAUUUCCCUGUGCAAACAAAGCUCUCUUCCCCCCGUCUCUCUGAUUCCACCCCCUCUCCCUCUCCCUCUAUCUGAGCUCCACUCUCCCCCCACGAUUUCACACCAAUGAGCAUGCCGCGUGUGGCUCCCACUCGCUGGCAUCAGAAACACUAGAUAUCUUCUGUCCUGAGCCGUAUAGAGAAAGAUACAAAUACACACCAGCAACUGGAAAGACGGAGGCUGCGUCCUGUCAAAACGCACGCCGGGGAUAGGCAGUGACAACGAGAAGGGGAGAGGAAGAAUCCACCCGCUCUCACACACACCAGACUUAAGGACCAGCACCAUGAAGACCAGACUCGGCUGCCUGUCAAACAAAUCUGACUCCUACAGUGAUUUCUCUGAGUUCCUGCCCCCUGCCCAUGAAACUACAGCCAGGUGUCUAAAACUGUCAACUGAUGAGGUGGUCCGAUGGUCAGAGUCGUUUGAUCUCCUCCUUUCUCACAAACAUGGACUGGCUGCCUUCCGGACGUUUCUCAAGACCGAGUUCAGUGACGAGAACAUCGAGUUUUGGAUGGCCUGCGAAGACUACAAAAAAAUCAAGAGCUCAGCCAAGCUUAUGUCGAAAGGCAGCAAGAUCUACAAGGAGUUCAUUGAUGUUCAGGCACCAAGAGAGGUGAACAUUGACUGCCGUACCAGGGAGAGGACCAGGCAGAGUCUGGAGGAUCCUUCCCCAACCAGCCUCAACGAGGUCCAGGCCAAGGUCUACAGCCUUAUGGAGAAAGACUCGUACCCACGAUUCCUCAGGUCCAAGAUGUACCAGGACAUUGUGAACAGGACGCAUGCACACAACCAGCGGCGGUCCGUGUGACCCAGUGGAAUGCAGACUAUCAUGGACAAAUAACUGGACGUACAGUAUACUGUAUAUCAUUCAUUAACCCUUUUACAUCAUCUGAAUUUACUGUGAAUUUCUAAGAAAUGAAGCGGUGAGGCAAUACACUGAACUGUGUCCUUUGUCUACACAAACCACAUGCAUGCAAUCCCUGUAGAUAGUUGACUGCACUGUACAGAGAAGGAGAUUGACAGAGGAUAAGCUAAUUGUUUUACCUCUAUUCGUCUUCAGUUCUUAGUAAAAUAGCCACUAUUGUAUGCGGGUCACCGGACCUGUUGUGGUAGUUUCUGUGUUUACAAAGACCAGUAAAGUAAGUGAACACUUAUUCUGAAAAACUGUGCCAAGCUACAUUGCACUUAUAUAUUGAUAUAGCUACACAAUCCUGUGCUGUGUCAUUUCUUACAGGUAGCCCACGUGGCGUUAAAUGUGGAGUAUAGAGCUGGGUUGGGUUCCAUUUACUUUCAAUUUGCUGGAAAACGUGACUGUAAAGUGUAUAAAGUCUCUGUAAAAUGUCAAACGAACAUGAAAUUGGGUAAUCCAGUUUUCCAAUUUGAUGAAUAGUAUAUUAUAAGUACAACCUUGAGGACCAUUAGAAUUUGUUGUCAGAGUUGAGGGGUAAUUGAAUACAGGUCAUGUCAUUAGAUUACAAUAACAUCAUUUCAAAGUAAUGUAUAUAUUGUUACUGCGGUCCAUGAGACUAAUUCAGUUUUUAUUGGCUCACUCAGAGACACUAUUGUUGAUCGUUGUACAAAACGUGAGUCAUUAAGAGGAGAAAACAGUGGUCAUGCAAGUAUAUGUGAUGAGAGAAUAGCUGGAAAUUUCAGUGGAUUCAAUUUUCAGUUUUAGCAGGAAUUUAAUAAUCAUUGACAGAUUGUGUUUUGAAGUUUCAAGUAGACAGGAUGAAACGCGCACAUCCAGUUCCACACAGGUGCUAGACAGGUGAUUGUGAUUGAAAAUGAACAGACAGGAGCUAAAAACAGUGUGCAGAUCUGUUUUGUUUUAUGGUGUUUUGGAGUUUUUCAGUCUUGGAUCAAAAGUGAAUGGACCCCAACCCAGGAUCAUAGCACGUCCUCCAACCCCUAUAGGGCCUGUUUCAAGUAGAAAAGUGUCUUGUGCAAAAUUCCAGCAUGAUGCAAUUCUCUGAAUCUCAUAACAACUAUAUUAGAGAUGUAUUGAUUUUGCAAGUGGAAUUGUAUGUUAUUACAAUUGUUGGAAAAAAAAAAAAGUGAAGCCUAUACUUUGUUUAUUAGUCGGUGCCGUAAAAUAAGUGACAUUACAAGUGUACUCCCUCAAUGUUUGUGCUCCUUUCAAUAAGCAGAUUAAAAUGAUUUUUUAAAGCAUUUUAGGGGAACUUGGAUUUUUUCAGCCACAGAUAUUUUGUUUAGUGCAUGUGUGUAAGCUAUACUGUAUGAACUAGAACAAAAACUGGCUGAAUAGCACAUCACCGUCGAUGGAUUAGUUACUGUGUUCCACAUGAAUGUAACUUUCCCCUUAGAUUUUGAGAUUAAAAAUAAAACUGCAUCUAUA